AUGGUCUCCAAAUCAUUUGUCAUCCUUGCUCUUCUUGUUUGUGCUGUCUCCAGUGCCCCCGUUAAAGGUAAAUCAAAUGAUGAGGCUAUUAUUCCUGAUAACAGUGAUGUGAAAAGUGCGAAUGGUGCCGAUGGCGAAGCGGACAAGGGCACUGGUAUUCGUGCUAGACAAGCCGGUGGCACCCCCAUCAAUAGUACACCCAAUAUUCCUAUUACUGGUGGUGUUUCUGGUGGUCUUGGUGGUGGAGUUAAUGGUGUUCUUGGAAGGUUAAAUGGAUGUAUGAAUACACUAUCAGCAGAAUGUCAAAGUCUAGUUCAAAAGUUUCAAACUCUGGAUCCAACACAGUUGAUACAACACGCUGCCGAGUUAGCAACCCUUAACCAGAAUUGUCCAUGUAACAAAUAA